ACCUGAUCAAUUCGACAUCGGGUUUUCUCACGGAAGGCACGUUACUGUCUGUGUGAGCUAUUCUUCCAAAGAAUUUCACAUCUUCCAAGAUGCGAGAGUGUAUCAGUGUCCACGUCGGCCAGGCUGGAGUCCAGAUUGGUAAUUCCUGCUGGGAACUGUACUGUCUGGAACAUGGAAUCCAGCCGGAUGGUCAGAUGCCCUCGGAUAAAACCAUCGGUGGUGGGGACGACUCGUUCAACACCUUCUUCAGCGAGACAGGGGCAGGCAAGCAUGUCCCUCGGGCCGUUUUCGUGGAUUUGGAGCCUACUGUUGUGGACGAGGUACGCACCGGCGCCUACCGUCAGCUCUUUCACCCCGAGCAGUUGAUCACCGGUAAGGAAGAUGCGGCUAACAAUUACGCCCGUGGCCACUACACCAUUGGCAAGGAGCUUGUCGACCUUGUCCUUGACCGCAUCCGUAAGCUGGCUGACCAGUGUACCGGUCUUCAGGGAUUCCUCAUCUUCCACAGCUUUGGAGGAGGCACUGGCUCUGGAUUUACCUCCCUUCUCAUGGAGAGACUCAGUGUGGACUACGGAAAGAAAUCUAAGCUGGAAUUCUCAAUCUACCCAGCUCCUCAAGUGUCUACUGCUGUUGUGGAGCCCUACAACUCCAUCCUGACAACCCAUACCACUCUGGAGCACUCCGAUUGCGCCUUCAUGGUCGACAAUGAGGCCAUCUAUGACAUCUGCCGACGAAACUUAGAUAUUGAGAGGCCGUCUUACACCAACCUGAAUCGUUUGAUUGGCCAGAUCGUCAGCUCAAUCACGGCUUCUCUCCGAUUUGACGGCGCCCUGAAUGUGGACCUGACCGAGUUCCAGACCAACCUGGUGCCCUACCCCCGUAUCCACUUCCCUCUGGCUACCUAUGCCCCAGUGAUCUCCGCCGAGAAGGCUUACCACGAGCAGCUAUCUGUGGCCGAAAUCACCAACGCCUGCUUCGAACCCGCCAACCAGAUGGUGAAAUGUGACCCGCGUCACGGUAAAUACAUGGCCUGCUGUAUGUUGUACAGAGGUGACGUCGUGCCCAAAGACGUCAACGCCGCCAUUGCCACCAUCAAGACCAAGAGAAGCAUCCAGUUCGUCGACUGGUGUCCCACUGGUUUCAAGGUCGGCAUCAACUACCAGCCUCCAACAGUGGUGCCUGGUGGUGAUCUGGCCAAGGUCCAGCGCGCUGUCUGCAUGUUGAGCAACACCACUGCCAUUGCUGAGGCCUGGGCUCGUCUUGACCACAAAUUUGACCUGAUGUACGCCAAGCGUGCCUUUGUCCACUGGUACGUGGGAGAGGGUAUGGAGGAGGGAGAGUUCUCUGAGGCUCGGGAGGAUUUGGCUGCUCUGGAGAAAGAUUAUGAAGAAGUAGGUGUGGACUCCAUCGAAGGGGAGGGGGAAGAAGGCGACGAAUACUGAUGAUCUACGCUGACCCAUCAAUACUCAUCAUCAGCAGUAUACGCUGUAUCAAGUUGGUCAACUCUUGUAACUUCGCUCUAUAGUCACGCCACGGCGUUUGUAACAGUAUUGCGGCCACUGACCCCUAGGUUGAAAAUGUAAAUGAAGUUCGUUUCUCAAGCAGACAAUGGAUAUGGAGCUGUAACAUAACAUUUCCCUAGACGGAAUAUUUUAACGAUAGGAAAAUUAUUUUGGCUAGAUUUUAUCUCGUAUAUCUUCUUUUAUUACAUGGUGACUUCUAUGAAAUAAGGCUAUUAGAGUUGUAUCUCAUGACAGGUUAAUGUAAAGCAAAGAUAUCUGUAGUCUAUAAUAUCUAAGUUGUGUGUGUUGUCCUCUCUCCUUUUGAAGAUAAAUCUGUUUUAAUCAUCUACCCUAAAAACCAUUGUUCCCAGCACCUGAAAUUUGGUUUCGGACUCGUCUAUGUGAUCUCUAAAAAGUUGAAUUUUAAAAGAAGUUUGAUUGAAACUAUAUAUAACAGCCCACUGACAUACCAAGAGACUUGUUUUACGAAGCAGUCGUAGGGUGGCGCCUGGCGUUGUGUCCAUGACAACAUAUAAUGGACACGUACAACACCGAGCAGGAUAAAUGCAACGAUGUAACGGCUCUGGAAAAACAAACUUCAACCCUUCUUAUACGUAAAGAUAAUCUUAAUGUACGGAUAUGUGGAGAUUUGUAGAGUUACUUAUAGGUGUGCAGUUGCGUCGGAAGCUGUUCGACAGGUACAGGCAAAAAAAAAAAAACAAAAAAAAAAAUCAAAAGUAAAGUAAAGUCGAACCAGUUCAAUUGCGACCAACAAAAAGGUCCACGCACACACAUCUGCACAGUGGACUGUUAAACAUAUAAAACUACAAUGAAUCUAUGUGUUUUAUCCCUGUAAAACGAUUACGGGACAUCUCCAGCCGUCUAGUGUCACAAAGCUCCUGGGGGGCUAGGCGUUCCCUGGGCCCUCGCCUUCUGUGCUGAGAAAGUGGGCCGAUGGCCGUACCACUUUCAAAUUGCUUCCGACGCGCCUGUUGUGCGAAUGUAUUUUUCAGUGAUUAUGUCUUGUGUGAACCCUGGAGAAUGUGUACUCUCACUUCAAAUGGACGGAUACCAGUCUGGCUUAAAGACGGUCGUUCACGAAUGUUUUUGUUGUUGAUGGAAAGUGAUAACACCUUUUAACAGAUUGAUAAUAAAAGUGUAAAUCAAAAUAUUUUGCUUGUCAACUAAUCGAGAAGAAGUCGCUAUUAUCCCUCCGGUACACUCAAAGAAAUAAUCUGUGUUAAUGUUAAGAACAAAUCUAUUGGCUAAAAGAUGCUAGAAUGUAUUCUGGUAUUGUAACACAAUAUUGUGUCAUAUUCAACAUAAUAUCCUGUUAGUUUAAUAGAAUCGUUACGUUGAUUUGAUAGAAUACGCGCGCUAUAUUUAACAAAUAACCUGCUACAAUAAUAGAAUACAUUCUAGCGUCACUCAGACUUUCUGUUAAAUUUAACACUAUUUAAAAAUUUCCCUGACUAGUAUUAUUUUAUAAAUCACAGCCAGUAAAAUGUAAAAGUAUUAUUGUUAAUAAUUCAUUUUCAUCUAUGCAUAACGAAACCCACACAAAACAGGGGCGUCUGGUAUUCCCGUGCUAAGCGUUGUAAUACAUAACAAUAUGUAAUAACUAUAAGGAAGAUCCACUGUACACAUCAAACGGCCAGCAUAGAGGCUGAUAUCAGUAUACAAACACUUGUGGUUUUUGUGACGUCAAGAUGAUGUUCUCUAUCAUGUGUGCUGGAAUAAAAACUUGAACUAAUA